UUAUCCUAAUUAAAGCCCCUUCUCCCUCAAAGAAAACAUAGCAUUGUUGAUUAAGAAAAUGGCAUCCGUUUCGGCGAACUCUGGAGCUGAUCGACUGGCGCAGCUUAAAGCCUUCGACGCAACGAAAGCCGGUGUAAAAGGUUUGGUGGAUGCGGGAGUGACCGAAAUCCCUCCUAUCUUCUACACGCCGCCUGAUAUCAUGGACAGCAACAAAUCAAGUGACGAGAAGUUCACCUUCCCCGUCAUCGACCUGGAAGGCGCGGCCACAGAUCCUGCCAAGCGGAAGGAGAUCGUCGAGAAAGUUCAAGAUGCUUCCUCCACCUGGGGUUUUUUCCAGGUCGUUAACCAUGGAGUUCCACUCAACGUGCUGGAUGAGAUGAAAGCCGGAGUGAAGAGGUUCUACGAGCAAGAUCUCGACGAGAAGGCCAAGUUCUUCGAACGCGACUACACUAGGAAGAUUGCUUACAACAGCAACUAUGAUUUGUACACCGCCCAGGUCAUUAAUUGGAGGGACAGUACCAUGUUCUCCAUGGCUCCUGAUCCUCCCAAGCCCGAAGAACUCCCUGUUGCUAACAGGGAAAUCCUGAUGGAGUAUUCCAAGGAGAUGCUUAAGAUGGGCUGCCUGAUCUCUGAGCUGCUCUCGGAGGGUCUAGGACUUGAACCAAACUACCUGAGGAAUAAGGACUGCUUGCUGGGACAUUACUUUGUGUGUCAUUAUUAUCCGCCGUGUCCUCAGCCUGACCGUACUUUGGGGAAUAGCAAGCACACGGACCCCGGUUUCAUCACCAUUCUCCUGCAAGAUCAUGUUGGUGGUCUCCAGGUCCUUCAUCAGAAUCGGUGGGUUGACGUAACUCCUUUGCCGGGGUCCCUUGUAAUCAACAUCGGAGAUAUGCUUCAGGUAGGAUUUCCUUUCUCGAUGAUUAUGUCGAAUGAUAAGUUUAGGAGCGUGAAGCAUAGGGUGCUGGCAAAUCGUAGCGAUGAACCGAGGAUAUCGGCGGCCUGCUUUUUUAGCACCGGCCUAUUACCAAAUCCAACCAUAUAUGAACCCAUUGUGGAGCUGCUAUCUGAAGGGAAUCCUCCCAAAUACAGAGGGACCACAAUCUCAGAAUACAUGAUGUCUGCAACUACAGAACUCGUGGGGGAUUCUCUUCUUCUGCAGUUCAAGCUCUAAGUCCAGAGACUAAGGAGAUAGUUGAUUCGAGAAAAAAAGGUUCUGUACUAGACUAACAAGAUAGAAUUUAAAAAUACGAUGGGGAUCAAAUGUUAAAUAAUGAAGUUUAAUAAUAAAAAUUAGCUUUGUACCCAGUACAUU